GAUGCAUCAGUAGCUCGUGGACGUCGGUCCGCGCUGGUAUUGAGUAUAAUAAUGUGUAUAUAUAUGCCUAACUAUAUUACUAUAUCGCAUUUCUCGCAUUGCGUGGCUUCAAUAGAUUUUCAUCCCACGCACAAAAUCAUCACUAAUUUAAACAAUCAUUUGGUCCGUUCGAUAUAUUUAAAGUGUUAAAGUCAGUGACAGUGUGAAUGACGAUUAUCAGUGAUAAUCGUGUAUUAGUAAACACAGAGUACAAAAGUGCACGAGGCUGUCAAAAAUACGAGUCCAUUGUGAAUGUGAAUCUUUUGAUUCCCGUGUACAGUGAAAGUGAUCCCUCGGGAUGAACUGAAAGUUUUCAUCGAGGAACCCAGGAGUCUCGGUCUAGCAGACCCAAAUUAUGGGACAGUACUGGCUGAACGUGGCUCUCCUCAGGGUCAUUCUUCCAGUGACCUUAGUCGGAUGCACAAUAUGGAGACCAACCGGUCUGUCGCUGGUGUACUUGGCAUUGGCCCUGUACUCACCAGUAGUACCAAUACCAACACACAAAACGAUGAACGGACACACUGGUCACUACUUGAAGGCCUGCAUCUGUCUGUGCUUCCUGGCCAGCAUCACUCAGUUGACCUUUCACAUAGUACUACUGGCACUGCCGCCCUACGGCCACAUUCUUGAGAACUGCGAAUUUCUGGAAAAGCUCUUCAGGCACAUAGGACUCGUGAGACUGGACGGUGCAUCAGCGUGGGAGGUAUUUUUCUGGCUGUCAUCAGAGAUCAUCGCCCUACCUGCCGUGGUGACGAUUUACUGUCUCUGUCGGCGUUUGACAAGACAGCUCAUCGGCGACGAUGAUGAAAGUUCAUCGACGCGACGCUCGACGAAGAAGGCUGAUGACCGUUCGAGCAAGAUCAUCAAUUUCCUCGGUGGAAUUGGGACUUACGUCGUUUUGGCGUCACUUUGCUGCGCCGCGACUUUAAAGCCCUCCGUCGAAGGGUCCAUCUACUUCCUGGUGUUCAUCAGCGCGUCCACGUGGUGGGCCUGUCAUCGAGAGUUGCGCAAGGGGUUCGGAAUUCUCUGUAGGAUCUUAAUGGUCCUGGUCAUCGUUCAUCUCCUGGUGAUACUGACCUAUCAAAAUCAGUGGCCCCAGGAGUUAAUACCCCUUAAUAGUACCUGGUCCCGAUACUUUGCACUUACCGCAAUCUAUCAGUCUAAUUGCACCGCGCCAAGAUACGUUGACUACAUCGAUGACACCGACUGGACCACGUAUGGAUAUUCUCUGAGGCUCUUCUGGCUGUACUACGUUCUUGCUCUGCAGGCCCAGUACCUUGCUAGAAAACCGAAGAGGCCCGUCUCGACGCCGACGCUGGCCGACGAGCGAACACCCCUCAUACACUUUGGAUCUGGUCGUACUGGAUUACUUCAGGACUCUACCGGCAGUGUCAUAGUCCAAGAUGGUCAUCACGACGACAGCAUUCAAAUGCAAUCACUUAGCGAGGGUGUCCCAGAAGAUAAACCAGGAAUCAUCGAACACGUCAUCAUGGCUGUUUACUCGAUUUUCCAGCUGGUCGUUAAUUCAUCAUAUCUGGCUACUAAUAUUAUUAUGAUGACCUGGAGUAUCAUGUAUCACAGCUGGACGACCUUUGCCCUCUUGCUCUGGGCUUUGAUCCUCUGGAUGGUACCAAACAAAAGGGCAUCCAUGAUGAAGUGUUCGCCGUUUAUUGUUCUCUACGCCACUCUUCUACUUUUGGGACAAUAUGUGUACGUAAUGGAUCUUACUGAAGAAGAACUACCAACCGUCAUUCACGGCGUCAAAAUGUCGGAAAUUGGAUUUGCCAAAACAGAACAAUUGAGCCGUUGGCAUCUGAUUGUCAAGUGUUUAUUCAUGACCAUGUUUUGGGUCACAAUGAGACAAUACAUGGCUGAACGUAAGCAGCAACGACGCUCUUCCGCCUUGCGCGAUAUGGUUGCGCCGUUGCACGUUUCCGUUUCUACUGCCACUACAGCCAUGAAUCAAGAUAUACCGGAAAUUAAGAGUCAGUUCAUGAAAAGUGUUGGAACAAUUGUGAAAAAAUUCCUGACUAAAUUUUGGAUUGUCGUUGUUGCCAUUAUGUUGUUCACUAGUGGUAUCACUGGAGAACGCAUGACUGUCUUCAGAAUCAUUUACAUGUCUCUCUUCUUGUUUUUUGUAAUCAUCUUCCAGAUAUCUUGGACCGCCUGGAGAAAAAUGAUAUAUGGUUUUUGGAUAACUGUCAUUGGUUACUCAGUGAUUAUGCUAAUUCUUGUUUAUACUUAUCAAUUUCAUAAUUUCCCAUCUUACUGGGAAUAUAUUUAUAUCGACAGAGAUCUUCAAAUGGAUAUUGGAUUAGAAAUUUAUGAGACAAAAGAUCUGUUUGUCCGAUUAUUGACACCAACUUUCUUUGUUAUCAUAACGGUCCUGCAGAUACAUUACUUUCAUGAAGAUUUCCUCGAGGUUACCAACAUUGAAAAAUUGGGUGCUGUAAGUCUAUCCAGGAAUGAAAGCCUUGGCCAUUCGCCAAGUACGAUCCCAAUCGCUUCGCCUACAGAUGUUGCACUUAAUGAACCAGAACCCGAAUCUACCAUAUACACCCUGAAGCAAUUAAAACAAAUGUCAAAACUAGAGAGAAAAGCUCUCUUUCAACGUAUUUUGAAGCACUUUAUAAAUUUUUACAAUUACAUCUGGCUAUUUCUUGAAAUUCACAUGCAAAAGAUUAUCUUCGUAUCUCUGGUGUUACUCUGUAUAAAUGACGUUUGCGCAAUCAAUUUCUUCUUCAUCCUUACUGUCGCGAUCAUGAUUAACUUCAAGAGAAACGUACAAAUAAUGGCGAUCAACGCAAUGGCUGCUGUUAUAGCAUCGCUAAUGGUAAUCAAAAUGCUUUAUCAAAUCGAAUAUAUCGAUCAUAAUAAUUGGAACAUUAAUUGCUCGCGCACUGAUGACGGUCAAAGUCAAUAUGCAAGUAACAACACUGUAUACAAUGUCGCGGAAUGGAUUGGUAUGAAAAAGGCUGAACAUGGAAAAUUGCCUGAUCUUUUAAAGGGAUAUAUUGGUAUAGUAACAGUAACGACAUUAAGAGCGAUUAUCAAUGUGCGACAAUGGUUCUUCAGGCAAGAAAGGGAUCUACCGUUAGAAACGCCCCAAGUCAUGUUUCCCCAUAUAACAAGAGCAGAAGCAGAUAAGGGUUUACCGGAAUGUCUGAAAUUUUUGUUUAAUUACGGAUUCUAUAAAUUUGGUUUAGAAUUUUGUUUAAUUGGAAUAGUAGCACUGAUCGGUACCAGAUUAGAUUUUUAUUCAGUACUUUAUGGAAUCUGGUUAAUAAUUUUGUUCUCGCUGAAGAGAAGAACGGCGUCAAAGGUUUGGCCGUUUUUGAAAAUUUUCUCAAUAUUCCUAUUACCGGCACAGUAUAUUCUUGUGGUGGCACCACCGACCUGGUUCUGUAUCGAAUAUCCGUGGAGUGAUUCUGAAAUGCUUAGAAGACUCCAAGAAUGGAUGUAUUUUCCAGAUCCAGAUUUUCCCCCAAAUCCAAAAAAACUUAUGUGCGAUUUUAUCUUGCUGCUAAUGAUAGUGAGACAGAGUCUUGUGUUCGGCAUUGAAAGACGCAGUGAAAGCUCAGGGAAGGAAUUCAUCGCUGGUCAUAAUUAUUCAGUAUUUUUGGAUAUGGAUAAACCAAACUUUAUUAACCCCGUGAAAGAUUUUGUAUCUCACAUUCAUUCCUGGCUGGACAUUUUGAAACGUGGAUGUAUGAUGAGUCUAAUGUGGAUCACGUUAUCCAUUAUGUUCCUUGCCGGUACCAAAAGAACUAAUUUAUUCUCAUUGGGUUAUUUAAUCGGUGCCUUUGUAUUUUUAUGGCAAGGUAGUGAUUUUUAUCUCCGACCAAUAAGAACCAUAUUAAAAUGGUGGAACGUAUUGAUUGGAUACAAUAUCGUUGUGAUAUUCUCAAAGGCACUGCUUCAAGGUGUCGGCUGUGUUCUUAUCAAACAGUUGGAAUUCUCAGCAUGCUGGCUUAUUCAAUUGUUAGGCAUAGCUUGCCUAAAGAAAUUCAAAAGUUCUGCCAUUGAACUUGGCAUUGAUAAUACCCAAUGCGAAGUACCACGCGAAGACAUCGGAAUGGUUUGGGAUGGAUUAUGCUUUGGUUUUCUACUAAUACAAAAACGUCUCUUCAAAAGCUACUACUUCUUCCACAUAGUGGACGAAACCAAAGCGAUGAGUAUUUUGGCCUCACGAGGUGCAGAGCUCCUGGAGGAGUUGCACCAGAAGCGAAUAGAAUUUCAAGAGAGCGUCGAGAGGAACGUUUUGCAAAAAUUAAAAUUCAAGAUGGACAAGAUCAAAGCAAAUCAACAGAAGAUUCUUGGUCCAAGUUACAGAGAGCCAGAAACCCACAAGAUAGAUACGCUCUUUCCGGGAUCACGACCAUUGUACAAACAUCGUGCGCCAAAAACCAACAGAGAGGCCAUAAGAUCCGGCGACUACUAUAUGUUCGAUGACCUGGACGAUGACGAUGUUACCGAAUUGCUUCCGGACACGGAGGAAGAAAAGGAAGAAUUCGAAGGUCGUCAGCAACCGGAAACACAUGGUCGCAGAAUGACAAUUUCCGAGCUGAUGACCACGCUGAUUAAGACAGACAUAGAGAUAGCGACGCACGUCGCCCUAUACGGAGGUACCGAAAAGGACGCCCUGCGCCUACGACGUCGGAGCGUCCCGAUGACUCGCAAGAAAUCAUCAAUGUCUUAUCUGAGCGCACGAUCCGAGACCGACACUGCCGCGGCCACCGAUGUAAGGGAGCCGACGAGUUUGGCUUCGGCGGAUGUGCAGGAGAUCGACAGAGAAAGAAAACCGGAAGACGUCGCGAGAACUCCGGAACAGUCGGACGACGAAGGCGAGGAGGACAAGCCGGAAGAUCAAAAGAAGAUUUCGAUUUUGACUUAUUUCAAAUUCGCUUGGGCCUUUUUGAACAGCUCGAUGGUCUCCAUGACGAGAUAUCUUAAUCAGUAUUCAAGAGACUACAGAUACAUCCGCAAAGUACUGGCGAAAGAGAAGAAAAUCUUAAAAGGAAAACCAGACUUCCGCAUGGGUACGCGACUUGGCAUAAGUCAAAUAUGGCAACCGAUUCCAUUAGUGAAGCAAAGAUCGACCACGAAUGGAAGUACGGAGGACCAGUCGGACGCUGCAGAAGGACCUAGCCAAUCGCGUAAUCAGGAUGAAAGCUCCAUCUUCUCGCAACUAACGCAAGGACAAGAAGAGGAUCAGGAGGCUGAAUUGUCGGAAGUUGAUCAACCACCAAUCAUUCAAUUGGCUGCCUCUAUGUGGUUUGGAAUUUUGGCCCAUUCCGCACUUCUCUGUUAUUUUUUUGUCUUUCUACAUCAAAUCAAAAAUGCAUCUGUACUUUCAAUUCCGUUACCCCUAAUGGUAUUCUUUUGGGGUUCGCUCACUAUACCAAGACCUUCAAAAACUUUUUGGGUUACUCUCAUCGCCUACACAGAGGUAAUCGUUCUAGUCAAGUGUGUAUUCCAACUGGAGCUGAUACCAUGGAACCAAUCAGUAUUACCAAAUCAUCCACUUGUCUCACCACGAAUCAUUGGAGUGGAAAGAAAACCGAAUUAUGCGUUAUGGGAUCUAUUAUUGUUGCUAAUGGUUUUCUUUCAUAGGUUCAUGCUGAAGUCUCUUGGGCAAUGGACGUCGUCAUCCUUACCUAGGAAAAUAACACCAACAAAAUUGACUAUGGUUCCCACAGAUGAUCAGCCUCAAAACAGAGGUCAGGGCGAUCAAGUUGCACAAUUGAAUUGGCAAAACGAAGGGAGCAAGUCCAAUGGGGAUGAAACGACUUCGAAGGGUGCUUUGUUGUCUCCUUAUCAAAGAACUGAUGGACCAUCGGAAAUUCAAAAUAUUUCUACAGAUGAAAACGAAAGACUUGUCACAAUGCAGUCACGAGAAGAAGACGAGGAGGGGGAUUGCAGUGAAAAGUUGGGAUUGGCAAUGAAUGAGACAGUUAUGAAAUACCUAGAACCCGUACAAAUAUUUUUCAAAAAUAUACUGAGCUCCUCAGGCAAGGAAAAGACAAAUGUUUACGCCUACAUGUUUCUCUGUGAUUUUUUCAAUUUUCUACUGAUCAUUUUUGGAUUUUCCGCCUUUGGAACUCAACAAGGAGACGGAGGUGUAACGGCCUAUCUUGCUGAGAAUCGAGUCCCGAUGCCAUUUUUGUUAAUGUUACUUUUGCAAUUUGCAUUGAUCGUCAUCGAUCGUGCCCUAUUUCUGCGAAAAUCGAUGCUCGGCAAAUUGAUCUUCCAGUAUUGCCUAAUUUUUGGAAUUCACAUCUGGAUGUUCUUUAUAUUACCAAGUGUAACCGAGCGUCAAUUCAAUGAAAAAUUACCACCACAAAUUUGGUACAUGGUCAAGUGCUUCUAUCUGCUACUGGCAGCACAUCAAUUGCGACUUGGUUACCCAACGAGAAUACUUGGUAACUUUUUAUGUAAAAAGUACAGCGUGGUCAAUUAUUUUCUAUUUAAAGGAUUUAUGCUUGUACCAUUCCUAUUCGAAUUACGAGCAGUUAUGGAUUGGAUAUGGACAGAUACAUCAAUGACCAUAAUGGAUUGGUUCAAGAUGGAAGAUAUUUUUGCUAGCAUCUACCAAAUCAAGUGUAUGCGUGGAGUAGAGUCUGACUAUCCACAACCUCGAGGAGUAAAAAAGAAGCAAUUAAGCAAGUACAUGGUAGGUGGAGGAGCUCUCUUCUUGAUUAUCGGUCUCAUCUGGUUCCCACUGCUUCUCUUCGCACUGGGUGGAACAGUGGGAGUCUCAAAUCUUCCAUACGAAGUUUCCAUGAAGAUACGAGUAGGACCGUACGAGCCAAUUUACACGAUGUCCGCACAAAAUAGUUCCAUCUUACGGUACAGUCAAGCUGACUUUCAAAAUCUGACAAAUAACUACGCCAACGAUAAGUCAGCCAUCACCUUCUUGGAGAAUUACAUCUACACAGACGUGGCAGCCGUUAAACUAAGUGGAUCAUCCAGAAAACUAUGGGCCAUCUCACCACCGGAUAGAGCAAGACUGAAAGCUGAAUUAGAGUCUGAUAGUAUAGUCACCAUCCAUGUGGAGUGGACCGUAGCAAGAAAAACAGAUGCAAAAGAUGCCAGUCCUAUAACAACUACGAAAAGAGAUAUAAAACUAGAUCCAUAUGUGAAUGGUGUAUUUAAUCCAGUUAGAAGAACUCUGGCUAAUAUGUUAUCCAUUACGAAUAAUACUUCCUCUACUAAUGGUAUCAUAGUGCUGCAGAAUGCAUUUCCAAAAUUCCUAAAGGUCACCAGUAGGUUAACGAAUGUGGUACCGCAGUUGAUGCAUUCGCGACUUUUGCCUGAACCAGAAGACGAGGAGAAUAAAGAUUAUCUGUAUCGAAAUAUCAGCCUUCAACUUUCUCGAAAUCAGGACUGUUGUGCUCAACAGCAAUGGUGGAAUGUUCGUGAGAAUUGCAAUGAUCUCAUACAUAAUGUACUGUUGAAAAAUAUACCACAAAAUGAUUGUGAGUAUAUCAUGAUGUUCCUGUUUAACGACAAAGCAUUUCCUGAGGGACUCAGCUUUAUUUCUGGAUUCGGAAUACUCGGACUGUACACAACAGCUGUGAUCGUGAUAAGUCAAAUGAUGAGAAAAAUGGUGAGCGAAAUGGCACCGAAGAUUAUGUUCGAAGAUCUGCCUUAUGUAGAUAGAAUUCUACGACUUUGUUUGGAUAUUUAUUUGGUACGAGAAAGUGGUGAACUCUGUCUCGAAGAAGACCUCUUUGCCAAAUUGAUCUUCCUCUAUAGAUCACCAGAAACAUUGAUUAGAUGGACGAGACCACCCGAACCUGGCGAAGAAGCCUACAAUGAUGAUGAUGACGAUGAUGUUGACGAAGACACAAGCCGCAGAAGAAAUCGCGAUGAAUUAAAUGAUGACUGAGCAAUCGCAAUUAGCAAUUUAAAAAAUUUUACUCAAAUACAUUGAAUUCAUGGAAUAACUAAAAUUUGAGUGAGCAGUGAGAAUUGAAGACUAAUGAAAAUUGCACAAAGAGUCUUCAAAAAAAUAUUUCAUCAAAAGCUUGAAUCUCGAAGGACUGCGCUCCGCGUCGUAUUAUAAAAAAGAAAUCGAAAAGUCAUUGCGUAUCCGGCUUUUUGAGUAUUCGUCGAAACAAAAACACAAUAUUGGCCUUUACGCUUCCCGUUAAUAUGCGAUGCGUUUACUAUUGUAAUGAAACAAUGACUUGCAAUAGACCUAAAGAUUCUGCGAUCGAAAGUUUUCGUAAUCUUAAUACAUUUUGCCUAACUGAAAAUCAGGAGUAAAUAACUAAAGUUUCUAAGAGCUUCUCAAUCAUCAAGGUAAUGAGAAAAAAUAGCGAGCAUUUAAAAAGGCAGAUAAAAGCAAAUAAAAAAAAAAGGAAACGUCCGUAUAAGGAUUUCUUAGCACCAUUUUGCAAAGGACGUAAAAAGUCUCAGCUCCGCCCAAAUUUUCUAUGUUUCUUUUAUUACGAAGUCUCACCACAUCUUGAUGCUGUACGUCGUGUACGAAUUCUAUACGAAUUAUCUCGUAUAUUUUUUAAAAGAUCUUAUAGUUGCAUAGUUAUUUGCGUGUCAAAAAUUUUGCAAGAUUUUUCAAUUUUGGGAGUUUUAGGUGUAGCAAAAUGCGAUUUCGUACAGGCGCGAUACUUAACACUUCUGUAAUCUUAUAGAGGCGCGAUCACUUUUAUAUAUUUAUAUAUUUUUUAUCGAAAUCUCUUACAUAAUAAUGCGAGAUAUUUAUGUGUAGUUUGCGUGAGUUGUAAUUAAGGUUCUAAAGUUUUUGCAAAUAAUGCACUUUGCAUAAUACAGCAUGAACCCUAGUAAUUCAUUUGCACCUGAGCUCCGAUUCGAGAAUCAAAUUUUAUCCGUGUAUUUUAUAGUUUUGUUUUAAAUAUACUAGAAUUUUUUAAUAUAUAGGUGCCUUGAAAAGUGAUCAUAUUGUCAUUUAAAAAAAAAAAAGAAAGGAAUGAAAAGGUCAGGAAAUAAUUAAAAAAUUGCUGCAAUCAUGCACGGAAAUCAAUGCACUGUGAAUCGAUUUGAUGUUUGUAAAUAUUAUAUUACUGUGUUUAUAUUUUAGAUUGUCAAUUCAAAAUAUAUAACAUACUGUUUCAAAUA